AUGGGUCCAUGGGGCACAAAGUUGCGCCAAGUGCUGGUGGUCGUGAGAAUCCAUGCGCAAAUGAGCUCCCUGCACGGCGUGCGACACAUUUUCAAGGAGGGUGUGUCCUACAAAGAGAGGCUGUUCUGGCUGGUGCUCGUACUGUGCUGCGGCGGGGAGCUCAUCAGCAUCUGCGUUCGCCAGUGGUCUGACUACCGACGGGCUCCUACAGAGACGGUUCUGACUGACAGCGCCAUCAGCAUCAGUGGCCAACCCUUCCCUUGCGUGGGCCUGUGCCCCGCGCACCAGAUGGACGGGAGGGUCGCCAUGCGCCUGCUGCGGCAGUGA